CAUGGCAUUGGUACACGCUGAACUUACGGCCACUUGCAAUUCGCUAGGUUGCGCCGGACCCGACAAGUAUUGUAUCGACCCGCAGUGCUCAGGUAUAGAUUCACUCCCCUGGGUUAGGGAGGGGGUUAGUGCUGUCCUGUAACAAUUUGGUAAGUUCUCACACGGAACAAAAGUAUGCCGGCAACGUAUGUUUCAAAUCUAAAAAAAAUUACAAUCAAUGACAUUUCCUUCGUAACCAUAAAACUGCAUGCUAAAAUGCUUUACUUUCUAUACUGUACAAAUGGAUGAUUAUUAUUAUUAUUUUAUUUAUUCUAUAUUCAACUAAAAAUUGGAUUACACAUUAUACAUUAAGGAAAUUUAUAUUUGCUGUAAUUUUUAUUCGUGUAAGAAUUUACGUAUGAUAUUAGAUGCAUCUUUACAUGGUGAAACUUAUGUAUGAAUUCUCAUAUAUGAUUUUUUACUUACCAUAUUUCGUGAGGGAACUUUCAUUCGCCCAUCCAAAUUUACGUAGUUUAUCUGUUUUACAAUACAAUACAAUACGUCAUCAACAUGAUUGUUUUGCAGAGGCUAUUCGUGAUCUGAUUAAGUUUCUCAGACGUGAUGGAGACGAUCAUGAGAUUCGUCGUUUCCUGGGUGCAGCCAACAUUGUGGAGACCGAUCUGCUACCCAUACUGGUUGAGUACUCAGAUAAGUCAGAGCUUUUUGACCUGGUCAUUCGACUACUUGUUAAUCUCACUACCCCUGCCUUGUUAAUAUACAACGAACAGCCACCCAUGGAGAAAACUCCUAGACAAUAUUACUUGCAAAUGCUAUUGCAUUUGCAAAAGUACAAACGGGCAUUUACUGAUGUCAAUGUGUGGAAAGUGAUCGUCGAUAAAUUGGCUGCUGUGAUUCAGGCGGAGUACUACGAAAAAGGAGAAGAAAAAGUACUUUCCACUGUAAGACUUCUCAUAUUAGUUCGCAAUAUACUUCAUGUACCUGCAGACAAUGAUGCCGAGUGUAGACCCGAUAAUGAUGCCAAUCUGCAUGAUCAAGUUUUGUGGGCAAUGCAUCAAAGUCAACUUAUUGAUAUCAUCAUGUAUAUUACUUGUUCCGACAAUGAACAGCAAUAUUAUUUACAUACAUUAGAGAUUAUUUCACUUAUGCUUCGAGAUCAAAAUGCAACAGAACUUGCAAAUGCUUCAGUCAAUCGAUCUCAAACUGAAAAACAAAGAGAUGAACAAGAACUCAAAUUAGUGUUAGAAAAAGAACGAAAAGAGAAGAUGGAAAAAAUUAAAAAGUAUAGUGGAAAACGUCAUUCAAGAUUUGGAGGCCGAUUUGUUGUUUCUGGUAUGAAAUCAAUUGGUGACAAUGAAAUGGUAGUUUCAUCAAUGACUUCUAACAUCAAUAAAGCUUUUGAUCGAUAUAAGAAACCUCUUAAAACUCCCCGUAAUAGAAUGCCUUUGAAAGAUAGUGGUAUUGAAAGAAAAUCUGCAUUUAGUGUAAGAUUAUUUUUAAAAGAAUUUUGUGUUGAAUUUUUACAAGGAGCUUAUAAUACUUUAAUGAAACACAUUCGAGAAACUUUAGUGAGAUCAAAAGGACAACCAAAUGAUGAAUCCUAUUACUUUUGGGCUAUACAAUUUUUCAUGGAAUUUAAUCGAAAUUACAAAUUUGAAAUUAAAUUAGUCAGUGAAACUUUGGCUUUAAAUAUAUUUCAUUUUAUCCAAGAACGCAUAGAAGAUAGCCGUGAAAAAUUAAUAACAGACAAAAAAAAAAUUCCUAUUUGGUCCAAACGAAUGCAUUUAGGACUUAAGGCUUAUAAAGAAUUAAUGGAAACAUUGUUAUUGAUGUAUCAAAGUAAAGAUCCCACAUUACAAUCGAGUGCUCGAACAAUUUUAACAAAUUUAUUUUAUAUGGUGGAGUAUAGAGACUUAAUAUUAAGUUUAAUAAACUUAUAUGAUGAAGUGAAAUUCUCCCACAUGUAUCUCAAAGAUCUUAUAGAAACUAAUCAUGUUUUCAUGAAGUUAUUAGAACAUAUAGGGAAAAAACAACGGAAUUUAAUUGUUCUGUGUAAAGCAAAAACAAAAGUUUCUAAAAAAUCUAAAAGCUUACCACAUAAUACUCCAGAAGAUGAUGAUACACUGUGGAACAAUUUAAGUCCUGGUCUCAAAGAAAUUAUUGAAAUCCCUGAUUUAAUUAUUGAUGCUACUGAAGCAAAGCCUUAUGAUCCUAUAUCAGAAGUUCCAAUGGAAGAUCAAAAGGUUGAAUCUAUGCGCCGUAUACGAAUUUUAAUAAGGGAUAAACAUUUGGAAGAUGCAGUUAAACUAUUAAGAGCUUCUAGAGAAAUUUGGCCAGAAGAUAGCUAUUUUGGGAAACCAGGAUUAAAUCAUGAUGAAGAAUUAGAUAUUUUAAAACAAAUAUUCUCUGCUGAUCUAGGAACCCCAAUAGGUUAUAAUGAAAACAGGGAAGAGUCCAAUGAUCGACAUGAUAAUGAAAAUAAUGAAAUUGAUGAUGUAGAAGAAGAGGAUGAUGAUGAUAAUUCUUGUCAGAUAAGAAUGAGGGAAGAAAAUUUUGAAUUCUUGGAUUUUGUAAAAAAAUUUGCAAAACCCAAAGUUUUACAAAGCUGCUGUCAACUUUUAAAACAAUUUGAAAAUAAUUCUACGUAUACCAAUCAUGCAGUAGUGAGACUACUCCAUCGCAUUACAUAUGACUGCAAGUAUAGUGCUUUGAUGUUUCAAGCUUCUGUGUUUCGCGUUUUCCAAAAAAUAUUUUUAUCCAAAAACCCUAGUCAUAAAGAACUCAAAAAUUUUGCAGUGUUCAUAAUGAGAAAAUUCACUGAGGUAGCCCAAAAAAAUAAAAAGGUUUUUAUGGAAUUACUGUUCUGGAAAGAAUUAAAAGUGGCUUAUGAAAUUGAAGAAGGAUAUAAUGCUGUACAAAAUAAUAAGACUACUAAUUGGACUGAGGAACAGGAAGAUGAAUUACAUAGAUUACAUGAAGAGUACAUGCGAGAAUUGCCUGAAGAAGAUGAGGUAACAUGGAUAAGCAAGAAUUUAAUAAAACAAGACCGUUCGAGAAUAAGCAUUAUAAAAAAACUUAAACAACUUGAUAUUAUAAUUUAUAAAAAACAAAAAAAAACCAAUAGAGAAUUUACUGAGGCUGAAAUCGUUCAAAUUACGCAGCUAGUCAUGGAAUUCAGAGAAUCAAGUGAUCCAAUACGUUUUAUUAUGAAUAAAUUAGAUGUGAAACGUCCUAAAAAACACAUAAUUGAUAAAAUACUUGAGUUGGGAUUAGUUGGGGAUCGAAAAGAAUUAAAAAAAAAGAAAUUCAAGAAUACUAAUUCAUCUAAUGAUAAUCAAAGCAAUUCAAGUGAUGAAAAUUAUGAAUCUGAUGACACUACACAAGUUCCUCAUCAUAGUUUAACGUCCACUUAUGUAUUAAAUGCUAUUAAAAAAUUAAUUGAUAAAGAUUUGAAACCAGCUUUAUUGUGGUUGAUUGAAAGCUUGGACGAUGCAGCAGAAGAUUUGGAUGUUGAUGAAUCUGAUAUUCCUUUACUACCAUUAACUGAUGAGUGUAUGACUGCCGUAAAUGAUAAAGAUUUUCAAGACGCAAUGCAAAUAUUAGGCAUACAUAAACCUUCAAAUAUUCAGGAAACCUAUUGGCGUAUACCAGGUACGUGGCAAGCUAAUGAAUUACGCCAACGAUCAGCUGCAAUAAAAAAUGUAAUCGAAGGAAAUUUUGUAGUUGAUAAUGAUGAUAAUAUGCAUGAUAAAUGUGAUGAUAGUAGUGAUGAAGAUGUGGAAGAAACAUUUAAUAGAAUUAGGAAAUCUCUUGUACAAAAUAAAGUGAUUGAUGAUAGAGAAACCACAAAUGAAUCGUUAAUCAACUCUUCCAAUGUUCUUAAGGAAUCAAAUAGUACACAUGGUAACAACAGUAAAAAAAAUAGCCUUAAUAAAAGGAGAUUGUCAUCUUAUAAUAGUGAUAAAGAUGGCAGUGACACAGAGAAAAUUACUGUUCCAAUGAAAACUAAGAAAACCUUUUUAAAAGAUAGUGAUGAAGACGAUAGUGAUAUUGAAAAAAUGUUUGUUCCAAUAAAAAAGAAAAAAAUAUUAAAAAUUAGUGAUGAGGAAGAUAGCGACCAUGAGAAGAUUACUGUUCCUAAGAAUAAUAAGGAAACAUUUUUAAAAGAUAAUGAUGAAGAAAAUAAUGAUAUUGAAAAAAUGUUUGUUCCAAUGAAAAAGAAAACUAUAUUGUUAGAAGAUAGUGAUGAGGAAAAUAGUGACACUGAAAAAAUUACUAUUAAAAAACAAAUAUGUGAAUUAUUGGAAGACAGAGAUGAAGAAAUUGAUGAUAUUGACCUAGAAUCUCAAUUAGAUGAAAAUAUAACAAAAGAAAUUGAUUGUGAUAAAAGAAAACCAUCAUUGGAAAACACUGACUCUGAGGAAGAAAUUGGUGCAUUAAAAAAAAAACCAAAAUAUUUAAUUAGUGGUGACAGCGACUAAACAUGUCAAUAGCCUUAUUUCAUUUCU